GGUUCUAUGGUCUAGUGGUCAGGACAUUGGACUCUGAAUCCAGUAACCCGAGUUCAAAUCUCGGUGGAACCUACUUUUUCUUUGUCUUCCUAACACACUUCCACUCGUGACAAUUCCAUGCCUCAAAUCUCAAUGAAACCACAAGAAUAUCAAAAUAUACUAGAGCAUGUCAACAUUAACUUGUUAUCAUUAUCGUUUGCUCACUGUGUUUCAAAAUUGCGCUUCUUCUUUCGUUUUUUCAGUCGCGUAACCUAGGUCUCUUGUUUUUUUUGCGCAAUAUGGAUUUGGAACCAGAAACUCGACGGAAAAUCGAGGACAUGGUGAUGGAUUUACUCAAGCAAUCCAACAUAGAAGAGACUACUGAGUUCAGCAUCCGAGUCGCCGCAUCCGAGCGACUCGGCAUCGAUCUCUCCGAUCCCAACCGCAAGCACUUCGUCAGAAACGUCGUCGAGUCUUAUCUUCGAACCGUCGCUGCCGAAGACGCCACCGUUGCAGCCGAACAGAAACCGCCGGAACUGAUCGCUCCUCCGGAGGAGUCCAUAGAAGCGGCGUUGCAGUUGCCGAAGCCAAGUACGGAGGUUAAGGAUGACUGUGAUCAAGUCAUUUUCCAGCUGUCAAACAAAAGGAAUGUGGUGGUUAAAAAGUUCAAAGGGACAACAUUGGUGUCAAUUAGGGAGUUUUUCCAGAAAGAUGGAAAACAGAUUCCCACUUCCAAAGGGAUAAGUUUAUCAUCUGAACAAUGGUCAACCUUCAAGAAGAAUGUGCCAGCUAUUGAGGAAGCUAUUACAAAGUUGGAAGGAAAGAUGAAAUCUGAGCUUCAUGGUAAGGAAAAUGGAGAUGCCUAUAAUUCAGUUGUUGAUGUGGCUCCUCCUCUUGAGCAUGUCCCUGUUGAGGUCAGCCGUUUUGAUGGGAAAAAUUAUCAAUUAUGGGCUCAGCAGAUGGAAUCACUUUUGAAACAGUUAAAGAUUGAUUAUGUGCUUACUGAACUAAGCCCAAAUGCUGUGCUUGGUGAAAAUUCUAGUGCUGAAGAAAUUGCUAGAACCAAGAAUGCAGAAAGGAGAUGGGUGAAUGAUGAUUUAAUGUGCCGUCGCAAUAUCUUGACUCAUUUAUCUGAUAGUCUAUUUUGUCUCUAUGCAAACAGAAAAAUGAGUGCUAAGGAGUUAUGGGAAGAUUUAAAAUUGGUUUAUCUGUAUGAGGAACAUGGAAGCAAGAGAGCGCAGGUGAAAAAGUAUCUUGAGUUUCAGAUGGUUGACGAGAGACCAAUUGUUGAGCAAAUCCAAGAAUUUAAUAGCAUUGCAGAUUCACUCGUUGCUGCUGGAAUGUUUCUCGAUGAAAACUUUCAUGCGAGUGCCAUCAUUUCAAAGCUCCCACCAUCCUGGAAGGACUUCUGCAUCAAGUCAAUGCGCGAGGAGUAUCUCCCUUUAUGGAGGCUAAUUGAUUGUAUUAGGAUGGAGGAAGAAUCUCGCAACGGAUUCAAACGAGUUGGUGAACCUUAUAGUAGGAUAGGAUUUAACCACUCCAAUAAAGGUGGACCAAGGGAAAGUGACAAUAAGUUUAUGCAUAGGAAUAAGUCAGAGAGUAAUGGCAAGAGCAUAGCCUGUUAUAUUUGUGGCAAGAAGGGGCAUCUUUCUAAACACUGCUGGAGAAGAUAUGACAAACUAGGUAAUGAAAGAAAGGCCGAAGAUGUAUGCAUACCUCAAGAAGUUAACAUGGUGGGGGGUUGUUAGCUGUUAGGUAGGUUUCCCUGGCAAGAACUGCGGCAGGCAUAGCAAAUAUAUUUUCCCAAUUAGGCAGGGUACGAUCUUCUGUUAAUUAUGGGGUACAGGUAUGAUCUUUGUCAUAGACUCAUAGCCUUCUUUUUAGAAUUUUUUUUUAAAUUACGAUAAGCAAAGCUGUUACUGUAUAUGGUAUAUAUCGAGGGUCAGUGUAAUUUGCCCUUUAUAUAGUCUAAUGCUCAUAUUCUUAA